AUGAAUAUUUUCAAAUUAACAAAAAAGUACCCCCAAUUCCAACAAAACGAGAUCUUCACUCUCCAAGAUGCGUUCCAGCGAUUAGAUGUCGAUGACAAGGGCUAUCUCGAUGAGGCGACCGUGAUCAAAGCGACUCAACAGUCCGAAAGGCAGCCAUACGAUGUCGUACGGUCAGCACUGAAGGAGGUGGAGCUCGACAGCUCUCGCCGGGUUGAGCUGGAAGACUAUGUUGAUCUUAUAUCGAAGCUGCGCAGCUCGAGAGACGUUGCUCCCCCCACAAGUGUCGCUCCGACUCGUGGACAUGCCUCGAAAGGAAGCGUUGGCGGCAAGAUCCACGUCCAGGGCUCGUCGGCAAACGUUACACAUACUAUCAAUGAAGACGAAAGGACCGAAUUUACCAGGCAUAUUAAUGCCGUGCUUGCCGGAGAUCCGGAUAUCGGCCACCUCCUCCCCUUUCCCACUGAUACCUUCGAAAUGUUCGAUGAAUGCAAGGACGGAUUGGUACUUGCUAAGCUCAUCAACGACAGUGUCCCUGAUACCAUCGAUGAGCGUGUAUUGAACAGGCCGGGAAAGAAGAUUAAGCAGCUAAACGCAUUCCAUAUGACUGAAAAUAACAAUAUCGUAAUCAAUUCCGCGAAAGGUAUCGGCUGUUCAGUCGUGAACAUUGGAAGCGGUGAUAUUAUCGAGGUCCGGGAGCACCUCAUUCUCGGUUUAAUCUGGCAGAUUAUCCGUCGAGGCCUUCUGGGUAAAAUUGACAUUAAAUUGCACCCUGAAUUAUACCGGCUUCUUGAGGAAGACGAGACCUUGGAGCAAUUCCUUCGACUUCCGCCGGAACAAAUCUUACUUCGCUGGUUCAACUACCAUUUGAAAAAUGCAAACUGGGACAGAAGAGUUGCAAACUUUUCGAGCGAUGUCAAGGACGGCGCCAACUACACAGUGCUCCUCAAUCAAUUGGCACCGGACCUUUGCUCGCGGAAACCACUCCAGACCCCUGACCUCCUCCAGCGUGCAGAGCAGGUCCUCCAGAACGCGGAAUCAUUACAGUGUCGCAAAUUCUUGACACCAACUUCGCUGGUUGCAGGUAACCCAAAGCUUAACCUGGCGUUCGUCGCAAACCUGUUCAACACGCAUCCUGGUCUCGAGCCGAUUACCGAGGAAGAUAAACUAGAAGUGGAAGAUUUCGACGCCGAAGGUGAACGUGAAGCUCGGGUUUUCACUCUCUGGCUCAAUUCAUUGGAUGUUCAGCCCGCCGUCAAUUCCCUAUUUGACGAUCUCAGGGAUGGGACCAUUCUGCUGCAAGCCUAUGACAAAGUUAUUCCAGGUAGUGUGAAUUGGAGACACGUCAACAAACCACCAGCGCAUGGCGGCGAAAUGAUGAAAUUCAAAGCUGUUGAAAACACCAACUACGCUAUCGAACUCGGAAAGCAAAACCGUUUCUCCCUCGUCGGCAUCCAAGGCGCUGACAUCACAGAUGGCCAGAGAACGCUAACCCUCGGCUUAGUGUGGCAGCUCAUGAGGAAAGACAUUACCAACACUCUGUCUUCCCUUGCCAAUCGUAUGGGCAAACGUGAAAUUACGGAUGGGGAGAUGAUUCAAUGGGCUAAUGAGAUGUCCCGAAAGGGAGGCAAGAGUUCGUCUAUUCGAAGCUUCAAGGACCAGACAAUCGGCAGUGGAAUAUUCCUUCUUGACGUUUUGAACGGCAUGAAGAGUAGCUAUGUGGACUACGAGCUUGUCACCAGCGGACGGACCGAUGAUGAGGCUUAUGCAAAUGCAAAACUCGCCAUUAGUAUUGCGAGAAAAAUGGGGGCUACUAUUUGGCUGGUUCCUGAGGAUAUUUGUCAAGUCCGAUCUCGCCUUAUCACCACGUUCAUUGGUUCUUUGAUGGCUACCUUCGAGAAGAUGUAA